CUUACUCACUUUCUUUCUCAUAUAAACUUUUCUUUCUCUCGUUCUUCGCCACCCCAACUCUCUUUCUCUCUUUUUCUUCUUUCUGUCUACACUCUGCUUAUUUCAGAAUCUGUUUCGACGACGUGAAGCGUUUGUUAUCUGAUAGAUGAUGAUGAUGGUGAAGGACGAGUGGGUGACGGCAGCGAUGACGGAUGACAGUGUUGUGGUGGAGCUGUUGGUGAGGUUGAAGCAGACGCAAGCGGCUUCUAUGACGACGUCGGUGGCGAAAUCUGCCAUGGCGGCGGCUCUCAGGUGGGGGAUACGACAGCCACGGUCAAGGUCUCUCAGAUGCGAUAGGGUAAAAGAAGGAGAUUCGACCAACACCAUGAGAGCUAGUCCUACUACUCCGCUUUCAUGGAGUGGCGGCGGCGGCUCUGCCUCUCCCUCGGCCACCGUUGACGCCUUCGAAGAAACAAGCCGCCACCAAACUUUUGGUGCCAGAUCCAAGGGCACUGCUACAAAUGAAACCACUAGCAAUUCCUCUAAGAGAUCAAGAAAAAGGAAGACUUUUGCUGAACUUAAAGAGGAGGAGAGCUUGCUCUUGAAAGAAAGGAUACAUUUGAAAAAGGAGAUAGAAACACUACGAUCUACUUUUAAGGAGCAAAGUGCUAAAAAUGAGAACUUGAAAAGAAUGAAGCUGGAUUUGGGAUUACACUCUGCAUUCGAGCCUGAUAAAGCUGGUUCUACUCUGGUCCACAAGAGAGCAGCCUCUUCUCAUGAUCAAAUUCCUUCAACCUCACCAUCACAAUCCGUAAUAGUUGAUCUACCAUCAUCAGGGUCUAGUGAGACGGAGAUGGUUGUAUCAGAGCGUAAUAGCCUAUCCUUUUUACCUGAUCUAAAUAUGAUGCCAUCUGAGGAUGAUUCUGGCUCUGAGACUCUAUAUGGGACGAGUUGAAGAAAACUUGUCCAUUGUGUCUCACUAAUGAAAGGUAAUUGCUGUGAAAUGGAAUCUAUCGCCUCUGUAUUUGCUGAAAGAAAUGAUCUGUUCAUGGCCAAAGAGCUGUUCGCAGAUGUAAAGUGUUUAAAUCUCUGGGCAAAUGUCACGGAUAUAAGACUCAUCUGUUCUGCGAUUGCAACGUUUUUCAAGGUCAAAGAAAUGGGUGAGUCAUGAAGAAGGAUGUGAGGGUAGUGUAGAGAUGAUAGUCAAGAAGUAGGCCAAAGAGAUUCUUGUGUUGUUGCGGGUUCGUGAAUCUUCCGAAAUGCUUUGGGGUAAACCCUCAUUACUUCUUGUUUCGGGACUAUGUAGAAAUAACCGUGUCAUUCUUUGUAGGUAAACAGCUGUUAGACAACUCUGUUCAAGCUUCUUGAAUCUAAAUUGACAAUUUUGUUCUUCCA